AUGUCUAACAACAAUGUUGUCGUCAAACACGUCUGGAAAGAUAACUUCGACGUGGAGAUGAGCAUAAUCAGGGAGAGGGCCAUGAUAGCUCACCCCUUCGUCUCCCUCACCACCCGACUUAUGCUAUGCGGAGAAAGGAUCCCAACGGGAAACGGGUGGGGCGACUCUGACACCAACUAUUCCGGCCUCCAGCAGGCGACCAACAGGUUCAGGAACAUAGCGCAGGUGGGAGUUGCCCUGUGUGACAAACUAGGGAGGCUGCCACGCUGCAGCGAGAGCGGGAGGCCCUGCGUAUGGGAGUUCAAUCUCAUGCCGCUGGAAGAAGCAGCCAUUAAUCCGGAAAGGGAGGAUCGUUUCUUGGAGCAGUUCUGCGGCAACGUUAACGCCGAGCAGUUGAGGAGACAGGGAAUCCAGCCGGCACGCAUGGCCGCCGAGAUCUGGCGCUGCAGCUUGCUCAUGAAAGACAAGAUCAAUUGGGUGGUGUUCAAAGGCGGACUGGAUUUCGCGGCGCUGCUGAGGUGGGAGAAGCACGGCGCUCAGGGCUUGCCGGUUGAGCGCAAGGAAUUCUUUAGGCUGCUGGCUAUUUACUUCCCGGUGUUCUACGACAUGGCAGCGGUGAUGGGUUUUCACCCGGUGGCCGACGACGGGACGAUCGACGUCUCGGCCAGGGCGAUUAACGUGUGGAGAGAAGACGUGCCUCCUCAUGGAGCGGCAUCGGACAGCCUGCUGGCGUUGCAAAUGUUCGUGCGGAUGAAGAUGCUAAAAAGGGGCUGCGUCCUGCUGGAAAAGAAGGCGAGGGUGCUCUUUGGCAUCACCUCCGAGCAAGAAGCUAACGCCGUGCCUACAUUCAACAUGGCACCUUUUUGA